CAGACGGCGGUCAUACACCGCGCGAAUAUUUACUAAUAUUUUAUAAUUCAAACGCUAUUAAAUCUUCUUAUUUUUUUUUUCUUUUUUUAAUUAUUAUUUAUUAAUUUAUUUUGAAAUUUACCGAACGAAACACGAAUAUCUGAUCCCUGCGAGACAGGUUACAGAAUCAAAUAAAACAUCAUGGCGACCGAAGUAGGAUCGGAUAUCGCACUCAUACAAGAUGAGGAUAUGUUACGUAAAAUGUGGCAACAAACUGAAGAUUUCGGAAAGAAAAAAGAGAUUCGUAUGAGAAUGUAUAAGCUUCGAGAGCAACGGCUUAAAGAGUUUUAUACGACAGGAGAAAUGAUUCAAACAGAAACAACAACUAAACGCUCAUCAACCAGAACGCAUACUGAAUCUAUAACGGACCAAGGAUUCAUGACUAUGAAAACUAAAGAGAUCCGGGAUUCCGAAUCUCCGACAGAAGACUAUCAACGACAAUCAAAUACUAAUAAAAAUUAUUAUGUUUCGUCGAAAAUUGAUGAAUCGGAUGGUAAUAAAGGAAUAGUUGAAAUUGAACAGACCAGCUCUUUAAAGCCAAAUGAAGAGUAUACUCAAAAUUCAUUGCAAACGUCUAUGUCCAGUUCUACGUCAUCUCAGUGGAAAUCAUCACAGACAACUAUUUCUAUUUCAGAAGAAGUUCAAAAGGCUGAUGUAAAUUUGAAUUCCAAAUUUAUUGUAAACGAACAGACUAACGAAGAUCGUCAACUGACAUUUGAUUCAUCAUAUAAUAUGUCGGACGGCUCAAAUAUUGAUAGUAAGGUAACUGAAUCAAUAUCUACUACCAACACAGAAAAUAUUAAACGAGAUGAUAAUAAUCAAUAUUCAAACGAUCAUCAAAAAGUGUCAGAAACAUAUACAUCUAACGUUGAACUAGUUGAGCCUGCAUCGGAAAAUAUAUCAAAUAAGGACAGUAAUCUUAUAGAAAAAACGUUCAUUUCAAAUAUUUCAUCAAACAACUCUGAAAAUGUUGAGAUAGCAACGGAUAGUAAAAUUAUCAAUGAACUUAAUAAACUGGACUCUUAUCUAUCCACUCAAAAGUCAACUACAAAUUCUACAAAAUCAAAUUCGAUUGUUUCUAAUGAUGACAAGAUAAUUAAAAGAGCUGAUGAUCAAUUUAUUGAUACAUCAAAAGAAAACAUCGAAGGUCAAUAUAUCACCACCCAUCAACAUUCAUAUCAGCCACCUAGGAUUAGUGUGGAUUUGAGCCCAUCGCAUGAAGCUUUUGCUAGAAGCUUACGAUCAACUCCAGAAAGAUCUAGUCCUUCACCUUGCAGAGAACGUACAAGUCCAGAGCGUAGAUUUAAAUCUGCUAGUCCUGAGAAGUAUAGAGCAUCACCAGAAAAAUCUGGAAGUCCUUCUAGAUCACUCAACUACUCUUCAAGAAGAAAGUUGUCAUCUACGCAUACAAAAGGCUUAUCAAAAAAACGAUCUAAUACACCCACAAGAGGGGAAAAAUAUGAUUCUUCAGAUGACUCUGACUGUUCUGGUGCAACUCAUGGCACUUACGAUAAAUAUAAAAGUUCUGAUGCUAAAAGAACCUUGUUUAAAGAAGAAACUACAAUUACUUCAGUAUCGAAGUAUGGCCAAAAAUCAUCAUCUACAAGUCCAGUAAGAAGAGAAAAAUCUCCUGGAUAUAGCAGUGAAGGUUCAGUUGGAAAAGAAUUGAGAAAAUCCUCAUCUAAAAUAAAAAAUAGUUCACAUGAAAGUAGCCCUGAAAGAAGUGCGUUUAAACCAGUAAAUAAUUACAAAACACUUCAAACUCAGCAAGUUACUAAUGAUAAUAAAAUAAACCGUUUAACACAUGAAGAGAAUUUAUACACAAACAAUUAUGUUUCUAAAAACAAAAUAAGUGAUGAUAAACAUUUAAUUAAAGUAAUAAAACCUGAAAUCAAUAAUGAUUUAAACGAAGAUGAAAAUAUAGAACCAGCUAUUAAGAAUACUGAAAAUAUCUUAGAUUCAAAAAAAAAGUCCAUUCAGGAAAAAUUCAUCAUAGAAGAACAAGUAUGUACAUCUUCUGAGCAAGUAAACAAUGAAAAAAAAACAACACAAUCAAUAUAUAAUACUGAAAAAAACAAAACACCUAGAGAAAAAUCACCUUCAAAAAUUGUUAAAAAGGAAAAUCAAACAAAACAGGAAGAAUUUAUUGAAAAAGAAAAAUCAAAUGUAGCUAAACAGAGCACAAUCACUAAUGAUGACAUAACAAUAAAACCGAGAGAAAAAUCUCCAGCAAAAGAUGUUAAACCGUUUACAAAAGAUGAUAAAGCAUACUCAACCGUUAAGUCUCCUGAAAAUGUAUCACACACUUCUGACAUUAAAUCUAUUACAUCUUCUAAAAAAACAAUUUCAGCAAUACCUUCGUCAAUUAAAAAAGCUGUACCUUCAACUUUGGAGAAAACUCCAUCGAAAAAAACCCUAAUACACAAAGAUUCAAAAGACAAUUUAUCAAAUAAAACAGUUAAAAAAGACCUUUCGAGAGAAAAAAUGGAUAUUAAAAUUACAAGAAGUGAUAGUAAGACGUUAAUACAUAAGAAUUCAAAAGAUCGUAUUACACAAAAAACGGUUAUUAAAAAGCCAAGUCAAGAGUUAUUAGUAGACAAAAAAACUACAAUAUCGUCUAGACAAAAAGUUAUUAAUCCAGAAACUAAAACCAAGACUCAAGAAACAACAAAAGUUCUUGAAAAGAAAGACUCAAAAAAUAAAAUUAAACCUUCAAUUAGUCCACAAUCUUCACAAAAAAAGUUAGGUGCAGUAAAAUCAGUUACUGAAACAAAAACAGUAAUAGAUUCUAAAAGAACUAUAGGAAACAUAAACGCAAAGAAAAUUCCUUCUUCGAAUGGAACCAAACCAAGAACACCUACUUUACAGAAGUCUGAUAUAAAUGAAACACCAUCUAAAGUAACAAAACCUUUUACCAAAACUACAUCAACCUCAUCUAUAACUAAGCCUCAAGUCAAAAAAACAACUUAUUCUAAUUUAAAUAAAACUAUAAAAAUUGAAAUUACUAAAAAUGUAGAACAAAAAUCAAAAGAUUUAGAGAAUGAAUUGCCUCCAGAUAAUUUUGAAAGUGAUACUGACUUGGACGAUUCUACCAAUAAACCAAAAUUUACUAAAAAAAUAUCAUCCAAUUCGUCAACGUCUUCUUCAUCUUCUUCCGAAGAUGAAAAUGACGAAGAAGAUUUACAAAAAAUUCAAGAUAUUGAUAAUAUAAGAAUUGAAGCUGAAGAAGAAUACGGUAAAAAAAUGACCAAUAAAGAUGCAUUAUUAAAUGUUAUUGUUCAAUUACCUCCGUCAUCUAGGGAAUCAUCACCUGAGUAUUCUGCUAGGUUUGGCCAGCCAUAUUGUUCAGUAUCUGAUGAUGCCAGUUUGCCAAGGUAUGCUGAUGUUGUGAGUGAACCAGAAGAUGUUAAUGAUUACAGAAGUUUACAGAGCAACAGAUAUGACGUCAUAACAGACUUAGACGAAGAUAGUAACGUUACAGUUGCUGAUAGAGUUUCAAAGUUUUUGAAUAAUGUCAACAAGCAAGAAGAAAUACAAAAAACUACGGAAAUACCUCAAAGUCCUCAAGCAGUAAGAAAAACCAAACAAAUAUUUGAAUCUAUUGCUAAAGGAAAAAAUGAAGAGACAGAUAUCAUAAAUGAUGUUAUUGAAUCAGAAUCACUGAAUAUUGAAACUGAAGAAAAUCGAGAUGUGACAAAAACCAAUAAAACACCAACUUCUCUUUUGACGAGAAAAAUUUCUGGAGCAUCUGAUUAUAAAUCUCGAAAAGACUUUUUUGAGAACAAAAAAUCAAAUGAUAUAUCCGAAAAAGUAACACAUAUAACCCCUACUAAAAUAACUAGAUCUUCAUCGAUAAAGGAUAGACGUGCAUCGUUCGAAACGAAGAUUGAUAAAAAAACACCGUUGAAAGACAAAACCAAUGUACCAAGGACAAAAUCACCAGAAUCUAAAAAAAGCUCACCUGACCGAACAACCAAAACUCCCGUAGAAAUAACCAAGACGGAAACAUUCGAUGUUAAAGUUGAAGAAAUAAAUAGAUCUAGAAGGCUAUCAGGUUCAAAAACAGUUAAAGACAGAAAAGCUACUUUUGAAAAGAACGAACCCAGUCAAAAAUCGUAUAAAGAAAACAAAACUACUUACAGAAACCAAGUGCCCAGUACACCAUUAAAUACGAGUAAGAUCUCAGAAACACGUAUUAAGUCGGCCACCGUAACUGAUACAAAAAUUGCAGAUCGUGCCUCAACUAAAAGAGUGUCAAGUCCGGAAAAAAUCACAGCCACUGAUUCAAUUAAUAAAACCAACGAGAUAACAAGCAGAAAAGUAUCAUCAAAAAGUCCAGAUAGAAAAAUCACGGAAACUCCAAAAAGAAAUAGCACGAAUAAAAGUCCUGAGCGAAGUGUAUUAAUUAGUACGAAAGACAACACUACUAGCGUAAAUCAUAGUGCACGAGAUACAAUUUCUUCGUCUUCCAAACAACGAGCCACCGUCUCUACCACUAAAACUGAUUUUGGAACGACUGUGAAAAAUACAUCAAUGCCAAAAACUACGUCGACGACUACAACAACAACUAAACUGAUUUCUGUCAAUAACACUGAUGACGAAGUGCAGAUUGAAGAAAUAUUUGAUUUACACGUUUUGGAGAUAAUGCUUGAAAAAGCAGUUGGUUACGAUCGUAGGAGACGAAUAAGAGCACAAAUUCGAAUAGUAAAACGUCAAUUAGAGACAAACAAUGCAACAUCAAUAAACACUACAACACGUGUAACAAAGAAUUUUCAAGAUGUUUUGCCAGCCAAGAAUCAAAAACAAAGUAACAUAACUGUACAAAAGACCGAGCAUGUUAAAAAGGCUGAAGUCAAAAAAGAAAGAAGCGUUUCACCACAAAAAUCUUAUGCAAAUCCAAUUGGUAAUUCGCGAUCUCCUUCACCUCAAAAGGCUCCUAAGUCAGUUGUGGAAACUCGAACACCGUUACCUACACAGAAAGCUGUUCGAACAUUUGAAAAGGAACGAUCUCUUUCACCUCAAAAAACUGUGACACCAGUUGAUAAAGUGCCAUCCCUUUCAUCUCAAAAAACAACUACAACUGAAAAAGUCCGAUCUCCUUCAUCUCAAAAGAAUACUCCUACCGAAAAAGUCCGAUCUCCUUCACCAAAAAAAAUGACUGUGGUCCAACAACAACAAGAUUCACGAUUCAAUAAAAAUGAAAAAUCUUCUCAAAACUCAACUAUCACAUCUACCUCAACGUCUUCAACAACAAUCACUAAAACUACCAAAGUAAAAAGUGAUCAAUUCAGCAGUAGCGCAAACCUUUAUCAAGAACAAAACGUUACUGAUUUGAUUACGUCUAGCUACGGCGUGGGUCCCACUGACGACAAUGGUAGACCGUUGUUCGGAUUGAGAGCUCUCAGGAAAAACAACGCCAAUCAAUCGUCUGUAAGCGAAAACGAUUCCUCGCUGUCGUCUGCCCACUGCGAAACUGACUCGCGGGACACUCAGGUUUCUGAUCAAAAACAUAAGUCGUACGGUUUGAAAGCGUUGCAAUCCCAGAACACGUAUACGGUACAAGAGUCGUCAAGCACUGUGUAUCAAACAACGUCUUCCGAGCAAAAAGGCGGAGUCGAUCAGCUGAUUACCGACCAUAAGGGCAAACCACUGUUUGGGCUUAAAGCGUUACAGAGCAUCGGCAAAAACGAAGAAGAACCAAUUUACGACGACAUGCCGGAACCACCGGUAUCUCCGCAACUAAAGGAUUUGGUGCUCAAGCAUGAAAAACACGCAAAAGAGAGUUCCAAGUUGGAAUCACAACCUAGACAAAAACCAAAAGCAAAGUUCAGAGAUAGUUUUAUACUCGAUACUAAAGAUGAGGGUUUGUAUUCAACAUUUGAAGAAAAUGAAUUUACUGACCCCAGUCAAAUAACUUCGUUGCGUUCGAUUAUUAAAAAAACAGAUGAUCAAAACAAUGAAACUAUUGUUAAAAGUAAAAGUCAGUCGACAGUAUUUCAAUCAAAGAGUGUUAUGCGAUCCGAUGGAUCUGGAAAUGUUUCAGUCACACAAGAUUUCUUGAAAGGUGAAUUGUCUUCUGUGAAUGACGAAGAACCAUCAGGAAAACUUACUCGAGGGCAUUAUACUUAUCAGAACCCAGAUAAUUCAGAUGCCAAAAAAGGCAUUGCUAAAGUCACAACAGUCACUACAGCUAUCGGCAAAGAUACUGGUCCUCAAAUUACUGAGAUCACUGAAGAGCUCAAUGAGUCUGAUCGCGUUGAUGGAAACAAAGUGGUAAAAAGAAGUCGAACCAAUGACAAAUUUGAAAAUAUCCAAAAAAGGUUUAGCCAAGAAAGUUUUAAACAAGACAGCAGACGUUCAUCAAAAGAAUUAAAUGGACAUGAAAAAACUGAAGAAUCACCACAGUCCACUCCAAGAUCAAGUUUGGUGCGCGGAGAUUCAAUCAAGGCACUUCAACAUAAAUUUCAACAAGCCACUGUUUCAUCUAGUUUGAAACAGAACAGGACUACUAAAUCUGAUGUGUCUAGUAGUUCACGACAAGUUGAAGAAAAAACAACAACUACUAAAUUAAAUGCAGCUAAAAACAAUGGAACUGCUACAUCCUUCCUUGACAAUAAUUCAAGAGUGACUGGUGUACAAGAUGUUUUAACCAGAAUGCGAAAUGCAGAUUUAGUUGUAGAAAGUGGUGAUACCAAUGAAGACACUGAAGCCCGUGCAUUACUCAACAAGUUUUUAGGUGCAUCGGUCAUCCUUCAUGGAAUGGAACAAGGAAACAAAUCUCCUUCUUCAAUAACUACCACAAGUAGCGCUACACUUGUCAACCAAGUAGAAAAACAAAGAUCACAGAAAUCUCCCGUGAUUAAAAAGAACCUAAGCCAACAAGAACUCGAUAAUAUUUGGGACGAAAAACAAUUACAAAUUUUGUUGGAAUCUUGCCCAGACUACGAUCAAAGGAGAAAAAUCAGAGCCAGGUUAAGGCAAAUCAUGGCAGAACAUAAAGCGUGUACGGACAUCGUCGCUCAAGCUGGCCUUACAGACAACAGCACGAGCAACGAAAAAAACGAAGUUACCGAGUCGAAUUCGACGAGUGUGUCCAGCAAAACCGAAACUGGAUCGUAUGUAAAAACUGAAGUGCAUACUAGGACAACAACUUCUAGUAACCGUCUGACUAAAGCAAAUAGCGUUAGUUCUUCACCGUUUGCCAAGUUCCAGCAACUCGAACGCCAGAACUCGGCUCCAAACUCACAAACGCGUCCUUGCUAUAAAUUCACCGAUCCCGCCCUGGCGCGGAGCGCUUCGUCAAUCAAAGAUCGCCUACUCAACUGGGUGAAAGCUCAGACGAAGGAAUAUAAGAACCUCCAAGUAACUAAUUUCUCGACGUGUUGGAGUGAUGGUCUGGCGUUCUGCGCCCUCAUCCAUCAUUUUUACCCGGAAGCAUUCGACUACGAUAAACUAACACCCGAAAAACGAAGAGAAAACUUCGAAAUUGCAUUCAAAGUAGCUGAGGACGAAGCAGGUAUCGCGCCGCUACUGGACGUCGAAGACAUGGUCGUCAUGCGGAAACCCGACUGGAAAUGCGUGUUCACAUAUGUACAGACGUUCUACCGACGGUUCCACAACGACCCCCGAUCCGUCAAACCUACGUACUUCGAAUGACGACAAUGCGUGUCUUGUUUUUGUCGUGCAGCUACGUUCUCGAAUGCAGUUCGCUAAAAAAAAAAAAAUAUUACUAUUUUAUUGUUUUUACACGAAUUUUGUUAAAAAAAAAAAAAAUUAUUUUAAAUCGUCUCGUACCCCUUUGUAUUUUGUUGAUUCGUCUCUAUUCGAUUUAUCAACGGAUAUAGGAACGAUUCGUACCUAUAUAAUAUUUAUGUAUGUUACAUGUUAAAUUUUUAUUUUAUUUUCUGUAAGUACGUUGUUAUUGUACUUAUCGAUCUAAAAGUGAGUUUGAUUUUCGGCUCUACUCACGUAUUUUAACUAUUUUUAGAUUACUAACUACUUAUAGUGCCUAUGUAUUGUUUUUACUCUUACCCUCGACCUUUACCUACUAAUUAUACAAUAAUUACUUCCGCCAACAGUAUAAAAUGUUUCCACGUUUGCUCCGGUUAAACGCUAAAAAUGAUGAAUGAGGCCUGUAGAUGAUAUUAUAUUAUUUUAUCAUAGUUUAUAUAAUUAUUAAGUUAUUAUUAUCAUAGACAUUAAUAUAUAAUAUA